AUAAUAUAAACAGCAGUAUAUAAAGGUGUCCGUCGAUAGACAACAUUUUCAGAUUAAAAACUUCCUUCGCUCUCCAUCGACUCAAACAUUUUUCUCUUGAAAUGCUUCAGUUCACCUCGAAGAAUUUCUCAUGCUCGUCUCUGUUCCUCAUAUUUUUCGCCUUAAGCAUCGUGAUAAGCUACGGACCCGGCGCUUGCGGAGCGGGGAUCGGCCGAAAAGCAGACUGUGUCUGCACGUUGCAGUACGAGCCAGUUUGUGCCACAGACGGGAAAACUUACGGCAACCUAUGUGCUCUGAAUUGCGACAAAAAGAGCAAAGCUUACGAUGGCGAAUGUAAAUCAACGAAGACAGUCAAGAGAGCGGCUGAGUGUGGAUGUCAAUUCAAGUUGGCCCCCGUUUGCGGAACAGACGGCAAAACCUACGACAACGAGAACUGCAUGGAAGUUGAAGUCACUCAAUGUGGAACUGUCAUCGAUUCACCCAUCAGGAAGGCUCACGACGGCGAAUGUAAAACAACACCCAUCAAAGUAUCCGAAACUCAAUGUGGGUGCCCGGACAACUUUGCUCCAGUUUGCGGGACUGACGGAAAGACUUACCCCAACGCGGCAUGUAUGAUCAACACACUCACCAAAUGUGGGACCAUCAAAUCCACUGUGACUAUCGCUCGCAACGGUGCGUGUAAGUAAUACAGAGAAACCAGGUGACCUUAUUGUUGAAUCACGUUACCUUGAAAAGCUAUGGAAGAAUUGAAAUUGUUAAUAAUAGUAUGAGUAUUAUUAUUAGUAACCGAUCGAAAAAAUGUCCAGCAUACUAUUUAUUUUUUUUUUUUUUUUAAACGCCAAUAAAAUGUUAUCGAUCAGCGA